AAGUGGGGCAUUUUAUCAAAUAGCCCACAUACCUUCCCCUCUCGAACCACGCGGCGAAGCCUUCCUGCCACCGCUCCCCCUCUGCCCCUCUGCUGGAGUGCAGUGCAGACCCAUCCGGACUUUGACGAUUUUCCGUUGGCAAGGAGCACAGCUCCCUAGCAUGAGGAGCUGGGGUGGCCGCCCCGAGUCGUUCCUUUUCGCAUCGUUCGUCGCCGCCUCUUGCCUUCUCCUCGUGUCCGGAUCGGAUCAGGAAUUCCAUGGAGGGACUGGAUCCAGAUUACUUCACCAAAUAAAGUCACACGAGGUGCAUUGCUCAAGAGAAAGGAGCCGUGCAGCUUGGAAAGCUGUUGACGAGUAUUUGAUGCCAUUUGUGGAAAAGGAGAAAUAUGAACUCCCAAGCAAAUGCAGGCUUCAUCCUGAAAAUGAUAUGUUUCGGGAACAAGAGCAACAUAAGAUCCAUUUUGAUAUUAACGAGUGGCGCUGUGGCUUCUGCAAGAAAUCUUUUCGGGCAGAGAAAUUUAUCGACCAGCAUUUUGCAAACCGGCACAAUAAUCUGGUCGAUAAUAGUCAAGGAAGAUGCUUGGCAGAUCUUUGUGGUGCACUUCACUGUGAUCUGGCUAUGGAGUUCAAGAAACCAAAGAGUAAAUGUAAUGCUGCUGCAGCUGCAAGGAACCGCCAUCUUUGUGAGAGCCUUGCAGACAGUUGCUUUCCUAUUAAUCAAGGGCAUUCUGCCAGCCGGCUUCAUGAAUUUUUCUUGCACCAAUUCUGUGAUGCUCACACAUGCAACGGGCGCUCCAAACCCUUCCCCAAAGGUGGCAGGAAACAAACAAAUAGAUUCUACCUGGCUCUCUGCAUCUUGACGUUGCUGCUUUUGCCACUGUUCUAUCUCAUAGUAUUUUUGCACCAGAGGGAAAUGAAGAAAGGAGAUAAAGUUUUUGAACGAAUUGCAAAACGUGCGCACAAGAAAAAGCCAUCCUAGUUAUUGUCAUAUGGAAAAUGUGUGUUUCAUCUCGGAGAGAGGUUGCAGAAGAUAUUCAAACCGGAACAUUAUUGACCUCGGCAAUUAGCUCCUGGAAUGCGGAGAUUACAUGACUUGUACUAUUGUACAACAUUCUGUGUAUGGGAAAGUUCAAAGCUGUGUCGAUGGUAUCCCUGUAUCUUGGCCAGAAUUGAGUUCUCUACUGGUGCUGUAGAUUGUGGAUUAGGAGCGUUUACAUAAUUUUCUGUAAUUAUUGGAGGGCUAUCUGUGAUGUUCAUAAGAGUGUUCAGUCUCUUCUGAGAGGAUUCGGUCCAUAUGCAUCAACAGAUUACUCCAGGAACAGAUUAUAAGUGUCA